GAGCCGCGCGCCGGGAGGAGGGCUGGGAGCGCCCCAGCUGCGUCCAACUCGCCGGGGACGUCGGGCUCCGGCUCCCGGGCCGGCUCCUCGCUCCGACCGGCUCCCUGCGCCUCCUCCCGGGACUGCGCGGGGGGACCCGGGCCCGAUCGGGGCGCGGGACGAGCGGGGAGGGUCCCCGGGCGGGAGGCGCGCGCUCCGGGCAGCGCCGGCCCCGGGCAUGGACAGCGGGAGCGGGGCGCGCGGGGGGCGCCGCGGGGCCGGGCGGCCGGGGCGCUGAGCCAGACAAAGGCUCGCUCGGGAGUUGCGAUCGCUCGCUCUCGGGGAGCCGGGCCCCGGGCGCCCAGGGCUGCGGGACCGACCCGGCGGCUGGCGGCUCCGGCCGGCCCCUCUCCCCCCCGUGGGCCGGCUCCGCGCGCCCGGACCCGCCCUGCCCGCCUCCCCGCCGCGGGCGUGGGAAUCUGCCGCGGGGACCUCUGCGGCUCCGGCGGGGACCGGGACCGGGACCGGGACUCCGUCCGCCCGCCCGCCCGCCGCGCGGGGAGCCAGGGCGCGUCGCCGGUUUCCGAGCCGCGCGGAGGGGACGCGGAGCGGGCGGCCCCCGCGGAGCAUGGGCGGCGAGCGGAGCGCGCCCGGACGGCCGUCCCCCCGGGCGGGCAGCCUCCCCGGCGGCCCGGAGGCGGCGGCGCGGCCGCGGCUGCUGCCGCUGCUGCUGGUGGCGCUGGGCUGCCUGGGCCGCGGCGCCGCGGAGGACGCCGAAGUCAACGCCGAGAACUGGCUGCGGCUCUACGGCUACCUGCCCCAGCCCAGCCGCCACAUGUCCACCAUGCGCUCGGCCCAGAUCCUGGCCUCGGCCCUCUCCGAGAUGCAGCGCUUCUACGGGAUCCCUGUCACCGGCGUGCUGGACGAGGAGACCAAGACGUGGAUGAAGCGGCCGCGCUGUGGGGUGCCGGACCAGUUCGGGGUGCACGUGAAGGCCAACCUGCGGCGGCGGCGGAGGCGCUACGCCCUCACCGGCAGGAAGUGGAACAACCCCCACCUGACCUUCAGCAUCCAGAACUACACGGAGAAGCUGGGCUGGUACCACUCGCUGGAGGCGGUGCGCCGGGCCUUCCGCGUGUGGGAGCAGGCCACGCCCCUGGUCUUCCAGGAGGUGCCCUACCAGGACAUCCGGCUGCGGCGGCAGAAGGAGGCCGACAUCAUGGUCCUCUUCGCCUCCGGCUUCCACGGAGACAGCUCGCCCUUCGAUGGCACGGGCGGCUUCCUGGCCCACGCCUACUUCCCGGGCCCCGGCCUGGGCGGGGACACCCACUUCGACGCCGAUGAGCCCUGGACCUUCUCCAGCACCGACGUGCACGGGAACAGCCUGUUCCUGGUGGCCGUGCACGAGCUGGGCCACGCGCUGGGGCUGGAGCACUCCAGCAACCCCAGCGCCAUCAUGGCGCCCUUCUACCAGUGGAUGGACACCGACAACUUCCAGCUGCCGGAGGACGACCUGCGGGGCAUCCAGCAGCUCUACGGCACCCCAGACGGCCGGCCACAGCCCACCCGGCCCCUCCCCACGGUGACGCCCCGGCGGCCAGGCCGGCCGGACCACCGGCCCCCCAGGCCCCCCCGGCCCCCCCAGCCUCCGCCCCCAGACGGGAAGCCGGAGCGGCCCCGGGCCACGGAGCGGCCUGACCAGUACGGCCCCAACAUCUGCGACGGCGACUUCGACACGGUGGCCAUGCUGCGCGGGGAGAUGUUCGUGUUCAAGGGCCGCUGGUUCUGGCGGGUCCGGCACAACCGCGUCCUGGACAACUACCCGAUGCCCAUCGGGCACUUCUGGCGAGGCCUGCCCAGCGACAUCAGCGCCGCCUACGAGCGCCAGGACGGCCGCUUCGUCUUCUUCAAAGGCGACCGCUACUGGCUCUUCCGGGAGGCGAACCUGGAGCCGGGCUACCCGCAGCCGCUGACCAGCUACGGCCUGGGCAUCCCCUACGACCGCAUCGACACCGCCAUCUGGUGGGAGCCCACAGGCCACACCUUCUUCUUCCAGGAGGACAGGUACUGGCGCUUCAACGAGGAGACACAGCGCGGAGACCCCGGCUACCCCAAGCCCAUCAGCGUCUGGCAGGGGAUCCCCGUGUCCCCCAGAGGGGCCUUCCUGAGCAACGACGCAGCCUACACCUACUUCUACAAGGGCACCCGCUACUGGAAGUUCGACAACGACCGCCUGCGGAUGGAGCCCGGCUACCCCAAGUCCAUCCUGCGGGACUUCAUGGGCUGCGAGGACCCGGGACCCCGGUGGCCCGACGUGGCCCGUCCGCCCUUCAACCCGGACCCGGACGCGGGGGCGGAGCCGGGGGCCGGCGGGGACGGCCCGGGGCGGGACGGGAGCCACGCGGCCGGCCCGGGGGCCGGGCCGGAGGAGGAGGAGGAGGAGGAGAAAGACGGGGGCAGCCGCGUGGUGGUGCAGAUGGAGGAGGUGACGCGGACGGUGAACAUGGUGAUGGUGCUGGUGCCCCCGCUGCUGCUGCUGCUCUGCAUCCUGGGCCUCACCUACGCCCUCGUGCAGAUGCAGCGCAAGGGCGCGCCCCGCAUGCUCCUCUACUGCAAGCGCUCCCUGCAGGAGUGGGUCUGAGCCGCCUCCCGCAGCCCCCCACAACCCCUCUCCUCCGGUGCUAGGGCCGGGCUGACUGGUGGCGCCUGGGGUUCUGAGACUGCUCCUUGG